UUCAGGAGGAGCUCUGUAGUAGCGACGUGUACUUCGCCUGUUCUGCGACAGUUUUAGGAACUCCUUUCAACACAACAACUGCCAUCUCCGUAGCCGAUUGAUUCGUGACCCAAUUCUUGUCUUAGUUCGAAGCUUUCCCCGACAACCAACACCUCACAAUGAUCUCAGACGAGGAGCUCUACCGACUGGCCAUCAUUUUGGGCAGUGCAGCCAUGAUUCUCAUUGUCGCAUACCAUUUCGUCGAAAUCAAUGCCGAAAAGAGAGAGCUCGAUGCUAAGAAGAAGUCGAACUAGACGCUGCUUCUUCGAGAGAAACAAAACCAACAGGGCGUGCACACCGGCUGCCACCUGAUCAUCGCAAACGAUGCUGUAUUAUAGUAAAAAGGGCGGGCCAUGUAUAUAUGAGAAAUCUGCGAAAAGAGGAACCUGGAAUUCAGGAUAAUGCACGGGGAUCUAGGCUACGAUUAUUUGCUUUGCUUCUGCGCUGCCAGGCACAAAAUGAGACUGUGAGCAGGGUCACUACACAGGCUAUUUCUACUACGAUUGUUCGAGACGAUAUUACCUGAAGUAUUAUUCAGAGGAACGCCCAUGACAGCGCUGUGGCCUUUGGAUUGAGGACGUGCAGCGCCUGGGCUCCUUGCGUCUUUCUCUGCCUUGGUGAGGCGUCCGCAUGCGGCUUUGGUGGUUGUCAACAGGUCGCAAGCAAAAGCCAGCUCUUGCGAGCUUAAAACCCCAGCUCUUUAGGAGCUAUAUUAAUACAUUCUCAAUAAAAUUACUCGUAUAAAAGAUUCAAAUAGGCAGCUACAGCCCAAGCACCUCAGAGCCCAACGAGGCUCCGUUUAUGCUUUUUCGUCCUGUUGGGUUGAGUUUGCUUACGUGACUCCAACCUGGCGCUAAGGUGAAGCGCCACGCUGCGCCGCGUCCGCCCCUGUGUCUUCUUCGCCCGCCCACUCCCCCAUCUCCGUUUCUUGUCUUUUCCUCAUCCAACUCUCCCUGUUCACCAAGCACGGCCAGUUCGAUCGCGAUAUUCACACAUACCAUCGUUUUUAAUCCUACCAGACGCAAAGUAUUUUCCUUCUCAAUACAAAAACAACGCUUGCCGCUUUCGCGACUCGUCUACCACGCAUCAAAUUCUGCCUUGUUUACCUUCACAACUAGGCAACCAACCCCGACUAUCCGAUUUGCAUACUCUCGCCCUCAAAACCGAGCGUUAACAAAUCGUCUACCUUCCUUUUCGACCACUCUCAAAUAUCUACAUUUGAUUAACAUUUCUCACAAUGUCUGGAAAGCUUGACCAGUCUCUCGGCGAGGUUAUCUCUGCCCAACGCCGCUCUGCCGGUCGCCGUCGCUCUCAACGCGCUGGCGCUGGCCCCAAGGCCGCUGCCCCUGUUGGCGGCAUCCAGAAGACCGCCAAGGCCAAGAAUGCCCGCGGUGCUGCCGGAAAGGCCGCUCCUGCCAGGGCCGCUACCCCCCAUGGUGAAAGCAAAGUCAUUGUCAGCAACCUGCCCAAGGAUGUCUCGGAGCAGCAGAUCAAGGAGUACUUUGUGCAGUCUGUUGGCCCCAUCAAGCGAGUCGAGAUCUCCUACGGUCCCAACUCGCAGUCUCGCGGCAUUGCCAACGUGAUCUUCCACAAGCCCGAUGGUGCUAGCCUGGCAUUCCAGAAGCUCAACGGUCUCCUUGUCGACAACCGCCCCAUCAAGAUUGAGAUUGUUGUUGGCGCUGCCCAGGCUGACAAGGUUAUGCCCACCGUCAAGACUCUUGCUGAGCGCACCAGCCAGCCCAAGGGCCAGGCCAAGGCUCAGCCCAAGUCCGCUGCCACCAAGCAGAACAAGGACGCCAAGGGUGCUGCCGGUAAGAAGGGUGCCGCUGGUAAGAAGGGCCGUGCCAAGAAUGCGCGCCCUGUGAAGAAGAGUGUUGAAGAGCUCGACUCUGAGAUGGGCGACUACUUCAAGUCUGCUUCUGCUACUGACAACGCCGCCCCUGCUGCCCCUGCUGCUGCCCCCGUCGCCGCUGACGCCACCAUGGAGGAGGAUCUUUAAAUGAUUGGAUCCUGGGUGCUACCACGCCACAUGGGUGUAAUACUAUUUAUUGAAAAUACAAAGUUUGGGGAAGAAAUGUGGCUGGUGGAGCGAUUGUAAUAUGCGAGAUACCAAGUUAAAUUGUGAUUUUUUAAUGCAAUACUCAAGUGCAAACAAUGUGACUGAAUCGACGUGAUGUAUUGAAUUAUAAGCUAGCUACUGCCAUGUAAUAGGCGUCUGUGAGAGGGACUAAUGGUACGACACCAGACCAUCACGCAUAGGAAACUUAAAGUCAAAGGAUUUUACUGUUUUUUCUAUUGUACUAAUAAAGCUACAACGCCACGGUAUUACCAAACUCUCGAUACCGAACUCCAACUGAUAGGGCAGUUAACUCCAGUCUUAAACUUUUUCUUUCUGCAAGUCACGCCGUGAAACAAACACGGCGUGUAAAUGAAUGUCAAAGGCGGUGAUUGGUGGUGCCUCUUCUUUGCACCCACCACUGUAUGGCUGCUGCUGCCUCUCUCUACACGGUCGUCGAGCUAAGUGAAUAGCACCGCGAAAACUUGGGGGAGUUUUCAGUUUUUGUCGCAAGGAAAUGGCGUGCUUAGUCGUUGCGGGGGACCUCCUCGACGUCAUCCUCCUCGUCGCCGCUGGACUCGCCGUCCUCGCCGCCGAGAGCGCUGAGGUCGGGCAUGCCACCGCCGCCGCCGAGCUUGGAGAAGUCGAUGCCGCCAAAGUCGCCGCCGGCACCCAUGCCGGGCAUACCGCCCAUGCCGCCGAACUGGGAGAAGUCCUCCUCGGGAGCCUCGUUCUGCUCGUCCUCGUCAACCCACUUGUCGAAGUCGGUCUUGAGGAAGUGGAGUCUCUUGUUUUCCUUGAGCAGGCGGGGCCAGUACUCCUCCUUGAGGUCCUUCUUCUGGAGCUUCAUCUCGAUGUUCUUGGAGGUGUGGUUGAUCUGGCUGGCGGAGGGGUCAAUCUCGGCAAAGAACUCAAGGUCGACGUGGUACUUGCGCUUGAGCGUGCCAGAGGUACCGGUGAAGGAGAGAGACGUGGGCUUGACGUCCAGCUUGAUGUCGUCCUUGGGGACAUCGGGGACGGAGAUGGUGAGGUAGACAAAGUUCUUGUCGGCGUCGGUGCUGGAAGAGCGCUGGGCCCAGAGAACUAUUGCACAGCUGUGUUAGCAAUCAAUUGCACA